AUGAGCGGACACGAAAGGACGGUGAUGCACCGAGUUCUAAAUAUCCCGGAACUUCUGGACAUGGUUUUUAGUUUCCUGGAGCCACCAUCAAACGCUGUGAAUGCUCGAGUAUGCAGGAGGUGGUCGGAAAUAGCUUUAGAUGCUCUUUGGAAGGAUGUUAGAGAUUUGGAAUUGCUAUUUGGGCUUUUGGCUCCACUGCGGAUCUCGGGGGGAAAGGAUGGAUACUUGGAAUUCGAACGAAUGCCUGAUUCAUCGGAUUGGAAACGCUUUGACAGGUACACUAAACGUGUAAGGCGAGUGGAAUACGAUGCCCUUGGCUGCAAAAUUCCCCUACAUAAAAGCGUCUUUGACGACGUUGCGCGUACACGUACCCGUCUCGACAUUUUACCCAACAUGCAUACCCUGCACUGGAAAGCAUCCCUGGAACUUGCUGUCAUGUUUAUGCACAAAGCGAUCAAGAACUUUGCCGUCUACCUCCCUGAACUUAAUGAAAUUUCGCCACGUCCGUUCUUCGAGGAUGUUUCAACCCGAAUGCCCAAUUUGACUUCCCUUGAUAUCCGCACCAAUAUUCCUGUGCAAAGGAUUGAAAAUGAAAUGGUCAACCUCUUUCAGCAAUUACCCAAGAUUCAGAAAGUCACUUUCCCUCGGUACUACUUCACCACGCGUAUUGCAGAGGUUUUAUCGAAACUCGAAAAUCUUGGGGUCGUAGAAUUUCAGUAUUUGGAUUACCAAGGCUCUGGUGAUGUUCAGGAUGUAAUCCCUUUUGUCCCGUCGUUCACGGAAGGCGCCUUCCCAGCAUUAUGGGAUCAUUCCAUGGCCGUGUCAUUCGAUGAUGCAGCCCGUUUCCUUGAUAUCCCCUUCUCGCCUACAAAUCUCACCAUGCUCUACCUAGACUCCUACAUGAUCGAAUCACCCUUUGCAAUUCGGAAAUUGCUUAACGUCAUUUCUGAGAAUUGUCAGCUAUUGACAUUCCUUGCCCUCGUGUCGCUACGCGACGCAGGAUCUCCUUCGCUCCCUGAACCACAAAGUGACACAAGUCACCCUGACCACGCAAUCACCGUUAAUACUUUGAAGCCGUUAUUCAAGCUGCCGAACCUGACCUCGCUCGAGCUGGUGCAUCAAUUCCCACUGGCGCUUAACAGCGAGGAUAUCAGGCUUUUUGCCGUUUCGUGGCCAUCUAUCCGAAGCCUUAUGCUCAACACUGAACCCGCCCACCUUACGAAAUCUAAUCUCACCCUCCAUGACUUACUACCUUUUGCUCAACAUUGCACCAAAUUGCGACAUCUGGGACUGUUUAUUGACUCCCGUCUACCGACCAGUGAACAGCCGUCGACGCCAUCAAGCUCCUCAACUUCUUCAGCUGUUCCCAAUUCAACGCCUGCUGUCCAGUUCAAGUCUCUCGAGCGCUUAUCCAUGGGGGUGAGUCUCAUCGACGACGAAAACGCUGUCACACUUUUCCUUUCCCAAAUACUGCCUUUGAAUUGCCAAAUCGAUUCUGGCAUAACGUGGGAUGAGACCCUCCCCGUCCAUCCGGGCAUCUCUUCUGUUGUACAAGAUCGUUGCAUGCUAUGGUUAAAGGUCUCGGAGCUUCUUCCCGUGUUGACCAAGCUACGAGCAGAGGAGAGGGCGCGGACGCGAGCUAUGGAAAUGGAGCUUGAGGAUCUGAGGAUGCGGACGAAAGUUUUGAAUGACAGCGCCUCAAUAGGGGUCAGGUUGGAUAUUUCGAGUUGUGUCAUGAUUUGA